CAUACAAUGGCAACCUCCAAAUAUCAAGGAAGAGGCAAUUCAUCCCGUAACAGAAACAGAAGCGACAAUAAAGGGAAAUACAAGUUAUAUGUGAGUGGUCCCGGUUUCCAUACACAACUCACCCUCAAUCCACCCAAUCAAUCCUCGGUGAAGUUUACAGAUCAGCAAGGGAGACAAACAGAGAUUUUGGUGGAUGUCAAGAACGUUCGAUCACUCAAAGGAACAACAUCAUCAACCGAUACUGGGCAGCUUGAACUACCUCUAGCAUCCGAAAUGCCAGCCAAGCCACCAGAAUACACCAAACUGAUGCUCGAUGUGGCAAGACAGAUCGAAUCUACUCCUGAUGGACUCAUGGACUUCAGAAACACUUGUCACGAACAGGGACACGUCGGUGCUUUCGAUCUAGAAAAGAAAAGAGCAUCUGACAUCAUCCAAAAUCUUCAGAAAAAGAUGAUUGUACAUCCGGGUCAGUAUGAGAAGUUUGUGGAGUUCCUAGAAAUCAUCGGAAGAGGAGAUGUCAUCAAGAUGCUUCCGGGUUACCAAGACUAUGAUUCUAAGGAUGGAGGGAAUAAUAACCAACCUCAUUACAACAACAAACUGGAGAAGGGUGAAACCCAAAGUGGCACUCCACAUUCUGCAGUUGCUGGUAGGGUCACAGACAUAGAAAUAUCGAUUCUCUCGAACAGCAUCCCACCAGACUGCGUUCUUCGUCUCGGCAUCUUCCUCGACAUGUCCUAUCCGGAGAUUGAGACACAACGCAGACAAGGAGGAACUAGUAGUAUGCUGUUUUACUGGCGAAAAAAUGUGCCUGAGCGAGACCAAAGGCAACAACUUCAACAGGCACUGGAGGAGGCUCACCUGGGUUAUCUGGUGACUGAUUGUUUUGGUGAGGAUCCUCCUUACAUUAUAUUCAAAUUAAAUUUUAUCGUACGAGUCUGA